AUGCCAACAAAAAGAAGAGCCAAAAAAAAGAAUAAAAGAGCUAUUAAACGUAUUAUUUAUGAUAGCAUUUAUAGAAUAGAAGUCAGGUAAAGUAGAGAAACAAAAACCUGAAAAAAUAGAAUAUUAACCAAAACUUACCAACAGAACUUAAAGCAAAAGUAGAGCCUAAAAUAAAAGCAAUGAUUAGAAUAAAACUAAAGAGCAAUAAAAACAAUAAGAGAAACCUUUAGUUAAGGAUAUAAUUGAUUUAUCUAAUAACAAUGGACAACAUUAAGAUUGUUAAAUCUAAAAAGGAUUUCCCGCUUUGUCGACUUUUAAUCAUUAAGAAGGUAUUUUAACACAUUGUCAUUGA